CGCGGGGGCAGUUGCGGGCGCCCGGGUCUGCAGCCAGCGCCAAGCGGAGCCCAGCAUCCUCUCAGACUGACGGCGGAGGCGGCGGAGGAGCGGGUAGCCGGGGCAAGGCGCGCCAAGCUCCGAGCGGUGGCGGGUGAGCGAAACUUUGCACCGCGGUUCCGCGUUCCCGCUCUCGCCCAGCACUUCUCAGGAGGGUCCCGGCAGCCGGGGUCAGUGCGUGCGCUACGGACAAGCGUCCCGGCGGGCUGGGAAGAUGAUGAUGAUGUCCCUGAACAGCAAGCAGGCGUUCAGCAUGCCGCACGGCGGCAGCCUGCACGUGGAGCCCAAGUACUCGGCGUUGCACAGCACCUCGCCCGGCUCCUCCGCGCCCGCGGCGCCCUCCGCCAGCUCUCCUAGCAGCUCGAGCAACGCUGGUGGCGGUGGCGGCAGUGGUGGGGGCGGUGGAGGCCGGAGCAGCAGCUCGAGUAGCAGCGGCGGCAGCGGCGGCAGCGGCGGGGGCUCCGAGGCGAUGCGGAGAGCAUGUCUUCCAACCCCACCGAGCAAUAUAUUCGGCGGGCUGGAUGAGAGUCUGCUGGCCCGCGCCGAGGCUCUGGCGGCCGUGGACAUCGUCUCCCAGAGCAAGAGCCACCACCACCACCCGCCCCACCACAGCCCCUUCAAGCCGGACGCCACCUACCACACCAUGAACACCAUCCCGUGCACAUCGGCUGCCUCCUCUUCGUCGGUGCCCAUCUCGCACCCGUCUGCGCUGGCGGGCACGCACCACCACCACCAUCACCACCACCACCACCACCAUCAGCCUCAUCAGGGGCUUGAGGGCGAGCUGCUGGAGCACCUGAGUCCCGGGCUGGCCCUGGGUGCCAUGGCGGGGCCCGACGGCGCGGUAGUGUCCACGCCGGCUCACGCUCCGCACAUGGCUACCAUGAACCCCAUGCACCAAGCAGCGCUCAGCAUGGCCCACGCGCACGGGCUGCCCUCGCACAUGGGGUGCAUGAGCGACGUGGACGCCGACCCCCGGGACCUGGAGGCAUUCGCUGAGCGCUUCAAGCAGCGACGCAUCAAGCUGGGGGUGACCCAGGCCGAUGUGGGCUCCGCGCUGGCCAACCUCAAGAUCCCCGGCGUGGGCUCGCUUAGCCAGAGCACCAUCUGCAGGUUCGAGUCCCUCACGUUGUCGCACAACAACAUGAUCGCGCUCAAACCCAUCUUGCAAGCGUGGCUCGAGGAGGCUGAGAAGUCCCACCGCGAGAAGCUCACCAAGCCGGAGCUCUUCAACGGCGCGGAAAAAAAGCGCAAGCGCACGUCCAUCGCCGCACCCGAGAAGCGCUCGCUUGAAGCCUACUUCGCUAUCCAGCCGCGGCCUUCCUCCGAGAAGAUCGCCGCCAUCGCAGAGAAGCUGGACCUUAAGAAAAACGUGGUGCGCGUCUGGUUUUGCAACCAGAGGCAGAAACAGAAAAGAAUGAAAUAUUCCGCGGGCAUUUAGGAGACCCUUGCCCCCUCCAGGGACAGCCCCCCCCUUCUCAUUCCCUCUUUUCCCUCCCUCUCUCUCCUGCCUCUUUUCUUUCCACUUUUGGCAACCAGAAAUAAUUCCAGUAAAUGUGAAUCCAGAUAAAGCGAGAAAUGGAGAUCGACAGAGCAACUGAGCCCCAAACCCGGUGAGAAUGUGAACCGACUCCUCAAAGGAAAGAAAAACAGACGAAGGGAUUUGUCAAGUUGUAACAGAGUUAUCCCUUUCAACAUCACCCCAUCCGGAAAAGGCACCUCUGCUUAUUCAGAGGAAGUCUGGAGCUGGCUGUCUGCAGGAAAGCAAAUGAGACAGCCUUUUGAAAGAACCCCAGAAUAAUCAAGUAAGAUUUGUUUUUAUUCCUAAAGACACGCUUGUUCAAGUUUAAAAGUACACUUUGCAGCUAUUUUUCAGAAAUAGAAAUCGAUUCAGGACCGAGACUUUAAACUAGAGUUGAUGCUUAAUGUGAUAGAGACAUCUCUAAAGUAUUUUGAAUUUUAAAAAAAAGAUGGCAGAUUUUCUGCAUUUACACUGUAUAUUAUAUAUAUAUAUUUUUAUUGUGGUUCUUACCCCCUUCUUCCCUCUCUGAAGCGUUCAUGCUUAAGAAAGGAGUUGCGCCUGCUGUGUUCACUGAUCUUGAAAGCUAUUAUUAGAUUAUUGCUGAACAACCCUCUGUAAAUUAUUAAUUUAUCUCUCUAGCAACUUAAUUUGUGCACAUUCUAAUUAAUUAAACUUCUUUAGUCUAAAAAAAGGAGGGAAACGUAUGGUUAGUGAAGUUAACAUUUUUUUUUUGUUCGAUGAGUUUACCGAAUUUUUACAGCUUUCCUCUUAUACUGCGCUUCCUUUGGACCAUUUGUAUAUUCUCACUUUGAAUGAAGGUUGUUUUUCAUUGUUUUUUACUGGUAGUGUUCUGAUUUGUGAGUUGACACUCAGUAAUGGAUGUCUUAAUCGUGUAGACCUGAUUCACUGUCCAAAGUAUUGUUUACUUCGUUACAUAUUUAAUGGGGAUUCCCACAUUGUCCUGCUACACACACGCUCUCACCGUUUUACACACACACACACACACACACACACACACACACACGCACGCACACAGACAUACACACACACACACACACCUCUAAUGGAAGAGAAUUGAAGCAGUUGGAAGCAUGACUAUAAUGCAUCAUUUUCUAGCUGUAGGUGCAUUUGCCACUUGGUGUUUGUCCUUCCAGACUCUAAGAUUUCACCAAGAUAUUUCAGUCUUCUAGUUUUCAAUUGCUUUGUUGACUACAUUUUAACAUUUACAGGAAUUCUUUAGUUUUUCCUUUUGGAGGUUUGUUUGUAGGAAAACUAAUUUGAAUCAUAAGAAAGACAGUGCACUGCUUGCACAUUCACAUGGUUUGGUAGAAUUCUUUUGGAACAAAAAAAUUAGGUACAUGACUGGUACCUCAUCUGUUGUAAAUAUUUCAUUCAAAAUGAUGCACAUAUAGAUAUAUUCUUACAAAUUUUGCUGUAUUGCUGUUCCAUUUGAGGCUCUCUGAAGUCUUGAGUUCUGUAUAUGACCUGGUUUCUUGUUUUUGUUAAUAGAUGGUUUAUUUACUAUGGUAAUGUAUUAUUUUUGGUGUUGUUUGAUUGUCUUUCAUUGAAGAGAUGAUUUUAAUGUUUUAUUGGCAAAGUAUGCUGCUUUUUCAUUAAAAUAUGCUAUCAAAAUUAAA